AUGGCGAGGGAUGAGUGCAAGGCGUUGCUGGACGCGCUCAACAAGACGACCGCGUGCUAUCACCACCUGGUGCUGACCGUCGGCGGCUCGGCGGACUCGCAGAACCUGCGGGAGGAGCUGCAGAAGACGCGCCAGAAGGCGCAAGAGCUGGCGGUGACCACCUGCGCCCGCCUGACAGUAGCGCUGCGCGACCGGGGCCUGGGCGUUGAGGAGCGCGCGGAGUUUGAGCGCCUCUGGGUGGCCUUCUCCGGCUGCCUGGACCUCCUGGAAGCCGACAUGCGGCGUGCGCUGGAGCUGAGCGCAGCGUUCUCGCUGCACGCGCCGCGGCGGCCUCUUGUGCGUACGGGUGUGGCGGGCGGCACCGCUGGCGUGGCGGCGCGCGCCCUGAGCGCCCGCAGUCUGCAGCACGAGGCUGAACGCGACUUCGACGUCGCGGACCUGCACCAGCUGGAGCGCGACAUCCUUCAGGUGGGCGAGAUGAUCCACAACAUGGAGAUGAGGGUCAACGUGCCCCGCUGGACAGUGCAAGCCCGGCAGGCGGCCGGCGCCGAGCUCCUGUCCAGCGUCGGUCCCUCCUCGGCCGGUGGCAUGUCGGUGCAGGAGCGCGCGGGGCUCUGCGACUGGAGCAAAGCCCUAGCCGCCACCGUUUUCAGCGCUGUGCUUUUGGCGGCUGUGGCCCUGGCAGUAUGCGUGGCGAAGCUGAGCUGA